AUGCCGUCUCCAAACCCAGAAAACUUUAAAAAAGCAUGGCCUAGAUGCUUCAUAAUAUUUCUUGGUAUUGUUGAAGUCGUGGCUGCUAUUGUUCUUAUACUUACUGAAUUGGGUAAUGUCGGAGCAAAUUUUUGGACAACAAAUGUAUUUGCUGGUGGUUGGUGUGGUCUGAUAAUGAUAGUACACUUUUUUGGAUUAUUUGUUGCUGGAUGUUGUGCACCAGGCCCACCAGCUGCUUUACGUGCAGCCGUAAUAACAGUAAUAGCUAUUUUAGCUUGUGGUACAUUGAUUGGAUUUGAUGCUUAUUUCAUCGCUCAACCAACAACAUGUAUAUUAACAUCAUCAUGCACUUCUAAUGCUGCAUCAACAACAGUGUUUAGUUAUUCGUUUCGAAGCAGCUUUUUUACAGCAUUCAAUAGUCUUAGUGCAUUUAAAAGUUAUUCGGAAUCGCAAACAAAAUUUCUCUUUCAAACAAUCCAAUUAAGUGUUGGUUGUUUAUGCCUUGUACUUUGUAUUGUCUAUAUGAUUAUUUAUUAUGUAACACGAAGCAAAGCUUCAGGAAAUGUAACACCUAUCGGAAAUCAGCUAAGUCCUCGUACUUCACAACCACCAUCGAACUAUCAUCAACAACCACGUGCACCUCAACCACGUGCACCUCAACCACCUCCAGGUCAAGUCCAAUGGAAUCCCAACAGAAGAUACUAA